UAAACAAAGGACUUAAAAAAAAUUGAUUUUAAAUAAAUUUCAUUUACGAAAUAAAUAUUAGGAUUUAUGCAAGCCUCCCUCUCAAAUCGUAAAACCCUUCUCUCCCUUUCGCUCUCGCUAUUCGGGCUACGCCGGCUUCUUAGAAAUUGUGCUUUUCUCGCCGUUCACCGGACUCUAGGCGUUUACAACCGGGUAUUGCACCAUCGUUGUGGACAGACCCACUUUUACUGAGAAAUGUUCAAGAGUAUCUUGAACAAUUCAUGGAAGAAAGUAUCCCUGGCUGGUGAAUGGAGAAGUGGGGCUUUUCUCUAUGUUUGUAGAAGCAACUUUCACAAAGGACAGGUUGUAUGUGCCCCAAGGAGUUUCUUUGGAGUUGAAGAUUUCCUAGACGAUGACAACAGCCGUCCAUACACAUACAAGAAGGAGAAAAAAUCUAAAAACCCACACAAGCAUGUCUCAUUCAAGCAGAGAACAAUAGCAUACAUGGAACCAUUCACCCUUGAUGUCUUCAUCUCCAAGAGGUUUGUUUCAGCAUCCCUCACCCACAGAGUCACCAGCAAACAAGUAGCAGUUGCUGGCACCAACUCCAAAGACAUCAAAGCUGUUAUCCAGUCCAGGUCAGACAUCCCUGCAUGCUUAGCAGUUGGCCGGAUCUUAGCUGACAGAGCCAGAGAAGCUGAUGUCUACACUGCCAGUUACACACCAAGGGAACGUGACAAGUUUGAAGGAAAAAUCAGAGCUGUUGUUCAGUCUAUCAUUGACAACGGCAUUGACAUCAAAGUUUAUCUUGAUUGAACUUUUUUAUUUAGAGUUUAAAACAACAAAAA